GUGAAGUCAAUCGUUGGUGACAAAGGCCUUACAACACUUCUGAACAAUGCUGGUAUUUGGGUGAAGUAUGUCACGAAGCAGGAACCGAACAGGGCUGAUUUUAUGAAAAAUAUGGACGUGAAUGCCGUCGGUGUGGCCAUACUCACACAGAACCUUCUUCCACUCCUACGACAAUCAGCUGCUAGAGUGAAAGGCGAUUUCUCACUGGAUCGUGCUGCCAUUUUGAACAUAUCAGCUACUUAUGGCUCUAUAUCUAAGAACACGACGGGAUCAGGUCCACUCAAAGGAUUGGCCUAUAUGACCAGCAAGUCAGCAUUGAAUUCCUUGAUGAAGACGAUGUCCAUUGAUUUGUCGUCUGACGGCAUUCUUGUCGCCAACUUCUGCCCAGGAUGGAUGCAGACGGAUAUGGGUGGGCCCAAGGCCCCUUUGACGGUUGAUCAGUCAGCAGCUGAACUGGUGUCGUCCUUUGCGAAGUUGAACAAAAAACAUCAUGGUGGAUUCUUCAGCCGUUCCCUCCAGGCUAUACCUUACUGA